AUGAAAACCGACCUGGAGCUCGCGUUGGAAUGCGCCAUCAACAUCUACCACCGCUACGCCAUCCGGAACCCAAUGGAUGAUUACCUGAGCCGGAAUGAAUUUGCCAUGCUGCUGAAGGAGAACGCCAAGCCCUUCCUCACCGACACCGUGCCGCCCAACACGACUGCUGAUGAGUACAUCAAGCAGCUCUUUGCCAAAUCUGACAGCAACCACGACGGCCGCUUGAAGUUCACCGAGUUCCUCACCACGCUCAGCCUCGUGGCCAUCGAUGCCCACAACCGGUCCCACAAGAAGCCUGGGGACCACGGCCAUGACCAUGGACAUGGCCACGAUCACGGACAUGGCCACAGCCACGGCCACGGCCACGGUCCCCACCACUAA